ACCGGAAGUGGCCGUCCCCACUGGGGGUGCUUCGGACACGCGCGGGAAGCCGACCUUCCAGGAAGCAAAGACAAAAAAUAAUAAUAAAAAAGAAAGGGGGAAAAAUAACUAAUAAAAACGAGAAACAGGAGGGGCGCGUACAGAGGCCGGCGGGGAGCAGGCGCCCUCCGCCCACGCUCCCUCGCCCCCCGGGCUCCGGGCGCCUGCCCAGGGCCGCUGCGCACGCGCAACCCAGGCUUCAGACCCCCGGCGCGGACCGCACGGCAGGGCCCUCAGGAGCUAUGGCCCAAGCAGCAGUGUCCAGCCUGCCCAUUGCAGAUGCGACGUCAGACGGCAGGAUGGUGGUGACCUUCCUCAUGUCUGCCCUGGAGUCCAUGUGUAAAGAGCUGGCCAAAUCCAAGGCCGAGGUGGCCUGCAUCGCCGUGUACGAGACCGAUGUGUAUGUAGUGGGGACGGAGCGAGGCUGUGCCUUUGUCAACGCCAGACAGGAUCUCCAGAAAGACUUCGCACAGCACUGCCAGGGGGAAGGACUGUCUGAAGAGAAGCCACUGUGUCUGGAAAAUGGGUCAGCCUGCCCUGGAGAAGCCCAGCUGCUCAGGAGAGCGGUGCAGGAGCAUUUCUGCCUUUGCUACCGUAAAGCACUGGGGACGACAGCUCUGGUCCCUGUCCCCUAUGAGCAGAUGCUUCAGGACGAGGCGGCUGUGAUGGUUCAGGGCCUUCCGGAAGGCCUGGCCUUCCAGCACCCUGACAACUACAGCCUUGCGAGCCUGAAGUGGAUCCUGGAGAACAAAGCGGGGAUCUCAUUCAUCAUAAAGAGACCUUUCCUAGGUGCAGAGAGCCAGCUGGGUGGCCUUGGGAUGGUGACAGACACCGGGAAACCAGCAGUACUGCCAAAUGACAGCUACGGUCCUGUCAGUGUGAAAACCGAACCCAUGGAAGAUUCAGGUACUUCACCAAAGGCAGCAGCCAUGCUAAUCAAGACAGAGUUGGAGGACCCUAAUUACAGCCCAAGUAACGUGCAAGGAAGCCAGCAGUCUUCCACCAGCAGUGACGUCAUCGAAACGGAACUGCCAUCUGAAGGGUCGACUCCGAUGGUCUCUUCAGAGACCAAUGAGGACCCCGAGGCUGAGGUGAAAAUGGAAGGAAAUGGAAAUCCAUCCAACAUUGUAAACUCUGCCGCCGGUGUUGAAGAUCUUAGGAUCAUACAGGUGACAGUCCCAGACAGUGAGAAGGAGAGGCUGUCGGGCCUCGAAAAAAUUAAGCAGCUGCGAGAACAAGUGAACGACCUCUUCAGCCGCAAGUUUGGGGAGGCGAUCGGAGUGGACUUCCCCGUGAAGGUCCCCUACCGGAAGAUCACCUUCAACCCCGGCUGCGUGGUGGUGGAUGGCAUGCCCCCGGGGGUGGUGUUCAAAGCCCCUGGGUACCUGGAGAUCAGCUCCAUGAGGAGGAUCCUGGAUGCCGCAGACUUCAUCAAGUUCACCGUCAUCAGACCACUUCCUGGACUUGAACUCAGUAAUGUGGGGAAACGGAAGAUAGACCAGGAGGGCCGCGUAUUUCAAGAAAAGUGGGAGCGAGCCUAUUUCUUCGUGGAGGUGCAGAGCGUGCCCACAUGUUUGAUCUGCAAGCAGAGCGUGUCGGUGUCCAAGGAAUACAACCUGCGGCGCCACUACCAGACCAACCACAGCCGGCACUAUGACCAGUACGCGGGGCCGGCGCGGGAGGAGAAGCUUCGAGAGCUGAAAAGGGGGCUGCGGAAGUAUCUGCUGGGGGCCUCGGAGAUCGUGUGUCCAGAGCAGACGUUCUCGAAGGCCACUCCACCCACGAACUCCGUGGUGCAGCCGGUGGACGAUGUGGCCGGGAGCUUGUGGGAGAAGUUACGACAGAAGAUCCGCUCGUUUGUGGCGUACUCCAUCGCUAUCGAUGAGAUUACGGAUAUCAAUGACACCACCCAGCUGGCCAUCUUCAUCCGCGGCGUCGACGACAACUUCGACGUGUCCGAGGAACUUUUGGACACUGUGCCCAUGACGGGCGCCAAGUCCGGGAAUGAGCUAUUCCUGCGCGUGGAGAAGAGCCUCAAGAGGUUCGGCAUCGAUUGGUCCAAGCUGGUGAGCGUGGCCUCCACGGGCACGCCCGCCAUGGUGGAUGCCAACAGCGGGCUGGUGACGAAGCUCAGAGCCAGGGCGGCCUCGUGUUGCCAGGGAGCCGACCUCAAGUCCGUGCGCUGUAUCCUUCACCCGGAGUGGCUGUGCGCCCAGAAGCUACGGAUGGGCCACGUCAUGGACGUGGUGGUAGACUCGGUGAACUGGAUCUGCUCCCGGGGCCUGAACCACGGCGACUUCACGACCCUGCUCUACGAGCUGGACAGUCAGUACGGCAGCCUGCUGUACCACACGGCCCUCAAAUGGCUGGGCCGAGGGCUGGUGCUCAGGAGGUUCUUCGAGUCUUUGGAGGAAAUCGACUCGUUCAUGUCUUCUCGGGGCAAACCUGUGCCCCAGCUGAGCUCCCGGGACUGGAUCCUGGACCUGGCCUUCCUAGUGGACAUGACGACGCACCUCAAUACACUGGAUGCCUCCCUCCAGGGCCAUUCACAGAUCGUGACCCAGAUGUACGACUUCAUCCGGGCCUUCCUAGCCAAACUGUGCCUCUGGGAGACGCAUCUGGCCAGGAACAACCUGGCCCACUUCCCCACGCUGAAAUCGGUUUCCCGGAGCGAGAGCGACGGCCUCAACUACAUCCCCAAGAUCGGAGAACUGAAGGCCGAGUUCCAGAAGCGCCUGUCAGACUUCAAAUCGUGCGAGAGCGAGCUCGCCCUGUUCAGCUCGCCGUUCUCCACGGCGAUCGACAGCGUGCGCGAGGAGCUGCAGAUGGAGGUGAUCGACCUGCAGUGUAACACCGUGCUGAGGACCAAGUACGACAAGGUGGGCGUCCCGGACUUCUACAAGCACCUGUGGAGCAGUUACCCCAAAUACCGCAGCCACUGCGCCAGGAUGCUGUCCAUGUUCAGCAGCACCCACAUCUGCGAGCAGCUCUUCUCCAUCCUGAAACUGAGCCGGAAAGAGGCGCCGUGGGGCUCCGCGCUGCAGGGAGCACCGUGAGGGAGCACCGUGAGGGAGCAGAGGGCGGGAGCCUAGAAUCCCAGCACCAGGAGGCCAAGGCAGGAGGAUCUGAGUUUGGGGGCAGCCUGGGCUACCAAUCAAGACACACACACACACACACCCAUUUCAAUGAAGAGAAACUGCUGGAAGGGAAAAGGAAGGGAAUCUGCCCAUUCCUCUGUAUGGAGACCUAGAAUGUUCCAGACCUAAUAGGCUGUGAGACCAGAACAACAGGCUUAAUAUUAAACCUCUCGGUUUAAUAAAAAUAACGUUCCUCCUUUCCCUCAUUUUGAGAAGGAAUCCUAAUUGACAGAUGACCUGUUCAUGACCUUUGACCCCUGCCUGUAGUUCGGGAAAGCCCAUUAACUGUCGUAGGUCCAGUUGCUGGCCCCUCUUGGCGUGACGACACGGCCCGUGCCACUCCUCCACACUGUACCGUUUCAAUAAACCCACUGUGAAAGAUG